CCCCCCCCCAUCCCCACUACUCAUCGCCCCCUACUCCACGAGUGGUCGCCUCCUACCCACCUGUGCGAGAAGACGGCUUGGAGAAGACUUGCUUGGGCAGAUGUGCUCGGAGGAGAGUGGGAAGAAGAUAUCCCUUUUCUUCUGCUUUCUAGUCGAUGGAUUUGUCACUGGCAACGCAGCAAUAUUUUAGUUAAAAAAGCGAGUGAAGCAUGGGUGACUGGAGCUUUCUGGGGCGACUUCUGGAGAACGCUCAGGAACACUCCACUGUGAUAGGAAAGGUUUGGCUGACCGUCCUGUUCAUCUUCCGCAUCUUGGUGCUGGGAGCAGCGGCUGAAGAAGUUUGGGGUGACGAGCAGUCCGACUUCACUUGCAACACGCAGCAGCCCGGUUGUGAAAACGUUUGCUACGACGAGGCCUUUCCCAUCUCCCACAUGCGCUUCUGGGUGCUGCAGAUCAUCUUUGUGUCCACGCCGACCCUAAUCUACCUGGGACAUGUGCUGCACAUUGUUCGCAUGGAGGAGAAGAGGAGGGAACGGGAAGAUGAGAACAGGAAGAUGGGCCGGCACCUGGAGGACCACGACCCCCUCUACCGCAAUGGAGACGGAGGGGGCGGUUGGAAGAAGGAGAAGCCACCGAUCCGCGAUGAGCACGGCAAAAUCCGGAUCCGCGGGGCGUUGCUGAGGACCUACAUCUUCAACAUCAUUUUCAAGACCCUGUUUGAGGUGGGCUUCAUCCUGGGACAGUACUUCCUCUACGGCUUCCAGCUGAUGCCACUCUAUAAAUGCCGCCGGUGGCCCUGUCCCAACACAGUGGACUGCUUUAUAUCCAGGCCAACAGAAAAAACAAUAUUUAUCAUCUUCAUGCUGGCGGUGGCUUGCGUUUCUCUGCUCCUAAACCUGCUGGAGAUCUACCACCUGGGCUGGAAGAAAGUCAAGCAGAGCGUCACCAAUGAGUUUGCCGCUGACAAUGAGUCGCUGCUGCUGGGUGCAGUACGAGCCGGAGACGGCAAGACCCUUCCUGAGGAGGUCAGUCCACCGGCACUCGACUGUUUGCCGACGUACGCCAGCGUGAGUGUAGUCGGGGGCAGUGGAGCCGAGGGGGGUGCUGACAGUCCUGCCGAGGUGAUUUCCUUAAGUCCUGAUAUGGCAACUGGUUCUGUCAAGAUGGACCGCACAUUGUUCCACCCAGAUGAUCUCUUGUUACAAUCGCUGCCCGAUUCCUUUUAUGGCGGAGACCAUAGACAGCUGACAGAAGAGAAGCAGAACUGGAGCAACAUGGCGUUGGAGCUGCAGGAUGUGGAUGGAAAAAAUUCCACCGGCUCGUACCCUCCUCCAUCAUCUCGGAUCUCUUCCUCCUCCUCCCAUCCGGAUGAAACGAUUGUACCGCCUCCGCCAGAGUCGCAACACUCCAGUUUUCCUACGCUCCCUUGCCAUGCUCGCCUCUACCUCCUCUCACUGGAGGAGGCUUUGGCCAGUGAGGAAAAAGCGAUGCCGAGUGACGACUUCACUGUGGUUACCAAAGCGGAGAUGCAUCAGCCCCCCAGCAUGCAGAAGCCUAGACGGGUGAGCGAGAGCAGCGGUGCCCGGGCUCGCCCUGACGAUUUGGCUGUGUAACUGCAGAAACGUGAACAUUAUCCGACAUGCAUCUGGAUACAAGUAGAGGAGGUGCCCAUCAGUCAUCGGGAGCAAUCUGAACUAGACAAACUCCAACAAAAGUCUGGACAUGGCCGCAAACAUUUACUUCUAAUAUGGAACUCAACAGAGAGCAGACCUUCGCCAAGGCCAAAUGAUCAGACCAUAGAUCUGCAUAAAACUGCGAAAAGUGAACCACCGCAAAGUCGCAGUUUCACCUAGUCACUGAUUUUUUUUUUCUUUUUUUUGGAAUGGGGGCGGGGGGCACAAUCCUUUGUUUUUCACAUGAUUUUGGUGCCAUCGUGUGGCAUCUUGGUCCCAGGGAACUAUGUUGAAGUGAACUGAGGAGUUUAUCUAGACAACAGUAUUGCUUUGCCACCACAUUAUGGCAUGGUGGUGCCAAGGAACUACGUUGAAGUGAGUUGAGCAGUUUCAUUUUGACAAAAAGAGUGUUUUGCCGCCAUCUUGAGGCAUCGGUAUGCAAUUACAAACCUUUUUAGGAGGGGCCGUUAAAUACUCCCAGAAAGGCUUGGUCCCACAAAUGGUGAGGUUUUACUGUAUCUCCAUAGAUAACAACUUCCUGUACAUAACGUACGCAUAAUUCACUGAAAAUGUCAGCACCUUUAUUGAGAUGUGCACUAUUAUUUAAUGCGUUCUUCCUUGGCCCACGCCCAACGCCUCCUCAAGGUCCUGUGGAAAUCAGUUGAAUAAUUGUUUGUGCACUCCUGGUAGCUGGGAAUCCAACAACGAGUCUAUCCAGUACCUCCUUGGUAGAGGUAACUAAUGCUUCAUGGUUAGAUGACAUAAAGGGAGACAGAAUUGUAGUCUGUAUUUUCUACUGGAAGCGAUAUUUGAAGAUUCUCAACACAUUAAAAAGUGUAUAAGAUAAAUGGUAGGGAGCUCUGUCUAUAAUCUAUUUGCAAAUUAAAGAUCAAAACAAAUCAAGCAUUGGGAGCAGCAGUGGGCAAAUCAAAGUCCAGUAAAGAAAACACUGGAUGGAUCUGCGGUCAACCUUAAAAUAUUCUCUCAUAUUGAGCAUGGACAUGCCACAAAAAAGAAUCGUGCAAAAAGCAUUGUCUUGUAGAGCCUUUAGCUGUGGUACCGAUAUGUUAGCUUUUAGCAAGCUCUGUUGCUGAGGACGGUUCACAUGAUUAUUGUAGGGUUCACAUCACAAAUGCGUUUUUUUUUUUUUUUUUUUUGCAAUUGGAACUUGUUGGUGCAGGCUGCCAUUUCUCGUACAUACUGCUGCUCCUUGCUGGCUGAAACUCCACAAUUGAGAGAUAUGGCCUGUCGGUGAUUGAUGUAAAAGCUCUAAACUUGGGUACAUAUUUGUGUUAAUAUCAAAAGCAGUUCUGUUGCGAACCUGCCACCAAUAUUUUGACCAUCCAUUAACACAACACGCAAGCUGGACUUAUUGUCUUUGAUGCUAAGCAAAGACAAGCUAAAGGGAUACACAUGUACCGAUAAUCAAGCCUAAACUGAACAUGACCAAAGAUUCCAAAUGUCCUCGAAUGUCUCAAAGAGGAUCCUGACAGAUUUUCCUGGAGUGAUGAGUGAUAUUUCCUCCUCAAAUUACUCAUAAAAUGGUCAGGGCAGACAGGUAUGUUGAACCUAUUAAAUCUUUACUAUCACAAAUUUGAAUUCUCAUGUUACUGGUCAACACUGUGUUCGGCUGAGACAUGGACAAAAUGAUUGUGAUUUAGGGUAUGUAUAAAGUGUCUACCAAGUCAUUCUCCACAGUUGAAAUGGCUAAGAGGACAGUUUGCAACCAAAAUCUAGAUAGAUAUCUGAUUAGCUAGCAGCUAGACAGCUUCUUCUGUUUCCUCUUCAUAUUAAAAUUACUGCAACUACUAUGCUAUAUUUCCCGUUACUUUGGAUGUCCUAUCGCACCAAGCUGCUUCUCACAUGUCAGUCUUGGUACAAGGACAGAUAUCUGAUUUAGCAGAGCACACUCACAAUGGUUGGUGGAGAUGGUUAUUUGUGUGGGGUCUUCUGGUGGUCACCUGGAGAACAGCCCACACUACACUGCUGUCACAAAAGAUAUUUUUAACCCAAGCUAUAAACUUUAAGUUUUACCUUUCAAUAUAAUGCCCUCGGAGUCUAACGCAAGAUCUUAAGCCUUCUCAGCCACGCUUCAUCGCUGGAUCUCUCCACAGGCCUUGUGGUUGAUCGUCGAGUCCACACUGAAGUGGAAAAUUCAUAGUUUGCUGUUUGGGGGGGUUGGAAUGUAUCUUGUGUGACACCAGUCCUGAAAACUUUCUGACACAGCUUGUGAGAGCACUCAACUCACACUUGCCGAGUUUUUUUAAAAGUCAUGUGGCGGGUCUUUCAAAUUAAAAAAUGGGGUUAAAAUCCUAAAAAUUGGUAUAUGUGUAUGUCACUUCAGUUGAUUAUCCAGCGGAAAGACAUACCGUAUUCCUCAAUUGUCAUACGCGCACACUUACACACUUUGACAGAGAAGUUGUAGUAAUUAUAAUGAUGAUAAUCAUGAUGAUGACGAUAGUGAAUGAUGUUGAUGAUGAUGAUUGGACUAAUUUGUCACUUUGGGAGCUUGGAGGCAGCAGAACGGCGUCUUCAUAGUUGUCUUUUGUGCCUUUGCUGGGAGAGACACAAAGACAAGUUUGCACUUUUGUUUCUUUUUAUUGAUCAUGAUGGAGCAGGACACAUGGGUGUGUUGGAUUCGUGUGUAUGUGUUCAUGAAUAUUGUUUCCGUGUUGAAACAAACACAUCUCUGCUGUUACAUCAGGGUCAAUUAUAAAUAUGUAUACAGUAUAAAUAAGGAGUAGAGGCUAUUAUAGAUCAUUCGACGUGUGAUGCAGGAUUACCUUUUUUUCCCUGGCGGUUUCUGGUUCAGUUUGGAGAUUUUCCACUGUUUCCCAAAAAGAGGACAUUAGUAAGAAAGACAAACCUCUCCAAAGAUCAUACCGUAGUGUAUAAAUGCAAAUAUUGAACAUUGGGCAAUGUAGCUGAGCAUCUCUGGGGGUCCAAACCCAAAUUGACUGUUUUGGUUGGAGGACUUGUUGUACAUCUUCUUUCUGAAGCUAGUGUUUGCAGUGUGUUACAGAACUGUUGACUUCCUUCUAGCUGUUCUGUAUAGAACGAUUUAAAUUUUCUAGACUAGCUGUAGAAUAUCAUCGUGACUUGAAGGUUUCAGGAGGGCUGGGGUGGGUGGGAGUGUAUGAAACAUUUUGUUUGUUUUUUUACUAGAGAUCCCAUGUGGAUUUUUAUUAUUUUCCUGUCCCUCUCAAGAAUUCCUGCCUGUCUCACACAGUUUCACUUGCAACACUGUACAAUGAGAUGAGCUAGCUCGCUAUCUAGCUAGCUAUCGAUUCAUCUUUCUUUUAAGUAGGUCAUCAAGAAUGAAGGUGACAUGAAGCUAUCAGCCCCGACAGUGAAUGAAACCACACGAUUCUGUUCUUACAGCACUUUGAAAAUUACAAUUCCACCAUGAGGAAAAAAAAAAGACAUACUGUUUGUCUCUAAACUGGGCUCAUUCUGCAAAUGUUAGCGAGCUGUUUUCUAACCUUUAAUAAAGGAUUGCACAUUGACUUUGUAGCCCGCUAUAAUUAGGGUCUGAUGAUGCUUAUACAAAAACAAAGAAUUGUCUUAGAAGAAUUUAGAAAUGAGAUUUGCAAUGAUGGAGAAAUUCAUCUAAAGUGACUGUUCUUUAUUUUGUUAUUUGUGUACGGAUCAAGAGACUUCCACCUGAAACACAUGUGCCUGAGGGACUUCCACGACAAACACUGUUAGUUGGGGCAAACCCUGCUUUUAAUCCACAAUGUG